GACUGUAUAUAUAGAUACUGCUAGUUAUCAAUUGUCAAACUAAACUUGCAAUUGUAUAGUUACCAAAGAUUUAGAAAAACGCCUAUUGGAUAAUUUUGUUGACUUGUUCUUUUGUAUUCGUUGCAGUUUGUUUUUUAGGAGAAUAAAAUCGAGGUGACGCGUCGUUUGUAGAGUAGACUUCGGCUAGCUGCUUAGCAGGCGUGCUAACAAAGAAGAUCUUGUGUGAACAGGAGUGAUCCUCCUCACUAGUUUCUUUAGUUAUGAGUCAUGUGGUCGUCGACAAUUCACACGGUCUAGAUCAGCAGCUUUCUGCCCUAGACUUGAACUCUGCAGAUGGUGGAGGCACAGGCAGCCGUUACAUUCCACCUCACUUGAGAAAUAAAGAUGUCGCUAAAAAUGCAGGAAAUGCUUAUUCCUCUAAUAGACAGAGCGGUUUUUCAAUGCCACCAGUACUGAGCUGUUACCCAGGACCUCCAGUCCAGGAGCUAUCCUUCUAUCACACCUAUAGUGGUGGCUGGCCAGAAAGAUGUGACUCUCCUGGAUGGGAUGCCACUCGCGCCAAUUGCUUUGUUAAUGGCUACCAUGACAAUCGAAUGAACGGAGGUGCAAACUUCGGACGUGGCAUUCCUCGCAAUGACAGAAGUGGACGUGGCAGCUUCCGUGGCACUAGGGGUGGUGGUACCUUUAAUCCGCCCAUGCCAAACACAAAUUACAGUGGCUUCGAAAACAAAGAUGCCGGCUGGAAUGCGGGUUUAAACAGGGAUGCCUACUCCAGCUUUGGUGGACGUUCUGACAGAGGAAAGUCUGCUUUCUUUAAUGACAGAGGAACAGGAUCAAGAGGAAGGUUUGAUCGUGGCAGCUUUGGAAGUGGAGGAGGUGGAAUGGGAAAUAGUCGUUGGGUAGAGGAGUCCAGAGAUGAUGAUGACUGGUCGAAGCCUAUCCCACCUAAUGAACGUCUGGAACAGGAGCUGUUCUCUACAAGCAAUACGGGGAUUAACUUUGAGAAAUAUGAUGACAUUCCUGUUGAGGCCACUGGUAACAAUUGCCCUGGCCCUAUCGAUAAUUUCCAUGAUGUUGACAUGGGUGAAAUCAUCAUGGGUAAUAUAACUCUAAGCCGAUACACCCGUCCCACACCAGUGCAGAAGCAUGCCAUUCCCAUUAUCAAGUCAAAGAGGGACCUAAUGGCCUGUGCUCAAACAGGCUCUGGAAAGACUGCAGCAUUCCUGCUCCCAGUGUUAAGUCAGAUCUACACCGAAGGGCCAGGAGAGGCUCUACAGGCUUCUAAAAACAGUGGCCAGGAGAAUGGAAAAUAUGGCCGGCGUAAACAGUACCCCAUCUCUUUGAUUCUGGCUCCAACCAGAGAACUUGCUCUUCAGAUCUAUGAUGAAGCCAGAAAAUUUGCAUACCGCUCCAGGGUGCGCCCAUGUGUGGUAUAUGGAGGAGCUGACAUUGGCCAGCAGAUCCGCGAUCUGGAGAGGGGAUGCCACUUGUUAGUGGCUACACCUGGUCGUCUGGUGGACAUGAUGGAGCGGGGAAAGGUUGGGCUGGAUUAUUGCAAUUACCUAGUUCUGGACGAAGCCGACAGAAUGUUGGACAUGGGCUUUGAGCCACAGAUCAGACGUAUAGUGGAGCAGGACACCAUGCCUCCUAAAGGUGUUCGCCAAACCAUGAUGUUCAGUGCCACCUUUCCUAAGGAGAUUCAGAUCUUGGCGCGUGACUUUCUGGAGGAGUACAUCUUUUUGGCGGUUGGUCGUGUAGGCUCCACCUCUGAAAACAUCACCCAGAAAGUGGUUUGGGUGGAGGAGAGUGACAAACGCUCAUUCUUGCUGGACCUGCUUAAUGCCACAGUCAUUCCAAGUGAGGUUCAGGAAAGUGCAACUGAAACUCCUGAGAGACCAGGCAAGGAUUCACUCACGCUGGUGUUUGUGGAGACCAAGAAAGGUGCAGAUGCUUUGGAGAACUUCCUGUACCAUGAGGGAUAUGCUUGUACCAGCAUCCAUGGUGACCGAUCUCAGAGGGAUAGAGAAGAGGCGCUUCACCAGUUCCGCUCAGGCCAAUGCCCCAUCAUGGUUGCCACAGCUGUGGCUGCCCGUGGACUUGACAUCUCCAAUGUGAAGCAUGUGAUUAACUUUGACCUGCCCAGUGACAUUGAGGAAUACGUCCAUCGCAUUGGACGUACUGGCCGUGUUGGAAAUCUUGGUUUGGCCACUUCUUUCUACAAUGAUAAGAACAGCAACAUCACUAAAGAUCUGCUGGACAUCCUGGUGGAGGCUAAACAGGAGGUUCCUUCCUGGCUGGAGAGCUUGGCUUUUGAGCACCAGCACAAGAGCAGCAACCGAGGCCGAUCCAAGAGGUUUUCUGGUGGCUUCGGAGCCAGAGAUUAUCGUCAAAUACCAGGAGGUAGCAACAGCUUUGGCAACCGUGGUGCUCGCAGUGCUGCAGGCAACCGAGGUUUUGGUGGUAAUAAGGGUGCUUUUGGAAAUUUUGUCAGUGAUGGCUAUGGGGGAAGUUACGGGAACUAUGGAGGAAGCUACACCCAAGUUGACUGGUGGGGCAACUAAAUGUGUCUGUGCAGUUGCUCAUCAUGCCAGACUAGCUGAAUGGAAACCACAUGUUCACAUAGCCAGACUCUGCGCCCUGUGUAGCUUUCUGAACUUACAGUACAUUCACACGCUGUGAUUCUCUGCCUGCCUUCUGAGUGGAGCUUAAAAAGAUUGAAUAGUUGUGGCAGAACAGAGAGUCACGUUAUAUUCAUAAAACAACACAGACACUCAGUUAUAUGCUUGAUUUCAAAUAUUAGGCUUAGUUCUAAACUGCACUUUUUUGUUUUAUGGUUUGUUUAGUAAAACAAAACUGAGAAUCAUUUCUGUGUUAAUGUGCUGUGCCUUUACAUUCAAAUAAGAGUUUUUUUUAUAAUUUACAUGAACUUGGCCAAGAGCUUAAUUUGUUUUUGUUGUAAGACAUAUAAAAGUAUGUACUUAAGCAAACCUUGGCAAUCAGCAGAAUGUAGCUGGUAUAAGUCACGAUUCCGAUUAAACUUUAAAUUGACACAGGGAAUUAUGUGGCCUAUUACUGGCCAUAGAACUAACAGCUCAUGGAACCAGCACAGAGGCAUUUGGUUCCAAUGUGUGGCAACUUUGUUAUGAAGGACAAAGAGUUCUGACUUUUUGCUCACUCUAUCCUGGGUAGGCACCUCUUAAGGAAAUGGUAGUCUUCAGAAAGGCUAUUUCAGUUGUGAUAAAUAGUCAUGACAAAAUGGUAAACACUCAGUGUUAACUGCACUCAGAUUUAAAGACCGAGAGUGCUGGAACUUGUUACUUCCACUGUUUUUAAUUGACUUGACAGUGUUAUGGCAGCUAGUAAGUACCACAUGCUAGCCACUCUAAAUGGGCAGCAUUUUUGUUUUUUUGUAAUUUUUUUUGUUUUGUUUCGUUAGUUUUUUUGGAAACACCUUUAAGAAAAAGAGAUGGAUUGGGGAAAAGUGUUUCAUUACAAAAAACAAAGAAGCAAAAAUGUGCCUGCCACUUUAAAGGCGAGUUCAAAUGGACCAUAGUACCAAAGCAACCCUGCCUCUCUAUCAUGGACUCUUUGAUUAUAUACACAUGCUAGUGUUUUGUUUUUUGGUCAAGAAGAGAGAAAUUCUGUCACAGGCUUUACGUCAUUACAAAUGUUUUCUCUUUCAAGCUGCGUUGAAAUGCAUGGCUCAUAUUUUCCUUGGAAACAUGUAAAGAAUUGGCUGUGAGGUCAGUCUGAGGCUUUAACAAAUAUGCCCAGGGUUUCUGAGUUGGGCGUUCUGUUGGGCUCUGAUCACUGUGUGGUGGCCAAACACCAGGUUUCCCUUACUUUGUUGAACAUUUUAAUAUUGUUGCCUCCUGGAGUUUAUCUGCUCUGAUUAAAGAAAUAACCCCUGGCCAGGGUGCCAGCUUUCUGCUUCCUGUACAGAUUAAGGAAGCUUUAGAGAGAAGGAGAAAAAAAAGCAUUUUAAGUGCAAUAGUUUUUUCUCAUGUGUGUUGUGCCUUGAUUAUAUAUACAUAUAUGAAUAUAUUUUUUUUAAUUGAUGAACCGAAGCUGAUGCACUGACAGUAUUGAGAACUUUAAUGAUGAAUGGUGCUACUUAAGUUAGGUCUAGGCCUAGGUAUGUUGUACCCAUCAAGUUUUACAAAGUUUCUUAAUUGCACAUCUAGAGUUUUAUAGAAAAUGUCUUGGGUGUGUGUCCUCAAGCUUCCAAAUGUUGUAAAUGAAGUGGUAGAAACGCAGCUUGUUUACAAAAGGGGAAGGGAUUUCAAUAUUUACCAGGAUUUAUUUGGGACCAGGGGGAUUAGCAGUGGGGGAAUUUAGCUCUUUGCACACAGAUUUCUAGAUUCUACUUUUGCUGCUAGUUUGUGUAAUUUAUUAAGCCUUUUUUGAAAAAGAUAUUUAUUUUUGUAAGCCUCAAAGCGAUUCUUUAAAAUUUUAAAGAAACUUGACCAAAAGACAGUACAAAAACACUGGCACUUGAAUGUUGAAUGUCACCUGUAUGCGUGGAAUUUCUAUACUUCGGGGUAGUGUGAGCUUUUUAAUGUUUCAGACAUAUUGGACUGAGUCAGUUUCCACAGCUGUUUACGGCCUACAGGCCAUAUUUCUAUACAAUUAUUGGUUGAUUUGGCUACCAAAUUUGGAAAUAGAAGAAAAACAUGCCAAGGUUUGGAAUAAAGAGUUAAAAAAACUCAACAGGUUCUUAAUUGUAUUAGUGCAAACAUUUCCAGUUUCUCAAAUGUGUGCAUUUUUGUUUUAAAUUGAAUUUUGUUCUGUUAAGGUUUAGUUUCAGUGAAUGUCUGGCACAAGGCAAUCUUACACAUGUGGUUCUUCUCUAGUGUUGCAUUUGCAUAUUUCGUGCCUCUGGGUUUAGGUCUUUGACAGGCACUUAGCAAGUGAUAGUUGUUGCUAAAAGUCUUACUGUCUAUUUGCAAAAUUGAGUUUAUACCCUGCAGAAACAGCAACAGCUUAUGACUUGCUAGCCUUUCUGAAAGCCCCCCAGAGCACUUUAGAUUUAGUAUUUGCUUUUUGUAGUAGCGUAGAAGCUGUGCACUGUAUGAGAGAACUCAUCUGUGCAGUCAUUGUAUGAUUUUACCAAAAUUAAAGUUUGAAAUGCUAAUUCAAGUACAAAACAGCAUGUUUUCUAAAAAUGUUUGUUGUAGGAGAAAUGGGGAAGAACACGUAGCAGCUGUUAAUCGUGUGGCUGAAACUUUGGAGUUGUUUAGAAUUUGACUGGUUUAAGUUUGUUUACAUCUGAUAAAAUUCUUUCCUGAA